CGCUGGUGUCAGACGAUAUUUCGUUUGCUCUCUCUCUUUCUUACAUUACUCUCCUUGUUCCACGCGUCGGUACAAAAGCCCCUCUGUUCCCACGAGCACCAUGUCUGUGUCACCGGACAAACGGCGGAAGAUGGAGUCUGCGCUUGUGCAGCUCAAGAAAUACACGGUGGUCGUUGCAGACACCGGCGAUUUUAACGCUAUUGAAGAGUACAAACCACAGGAUGCUACAACCAACCCUUCUCUCAUCCUGGCUGCGGCUAAAAUGCCUGUGUACCAGCACCUCGUUGACCAGGCCAUAAAAUACGGCAUGGCCAAUGGCGGCACUGAGGAAGAGCAGGUGACCAAUGCAAUGGACAAGCUGUUUGUGAGCUUUGGUUUGGAGAUCUUAAAGAAGAUUCCUGGACGGGUGUCCACUGAGGUUGACGCAAGGCUGUCGUUUGAUAAAGAUGAGAUGGUGUGUCGAGCUCGGAGACUCAUCUCUCUGUAUGAAGAGGCUGGUAUCAAGAAAGAUCGGAUACUCAUCAAACUCUCCUCCACCUGGGAGGGCAUUCAGGCCGGACAGGAGUUGGAGGAGAAUUACGGCAUCCACUGCAACAUGACACUGCUGUUUUCAUUUGCUCAGGCGGUUGCUUGCGCCGAGGCCCACGUCACCCUCAUCUCACCUUUUGUGGGUCGAAUCCUGGACUGGCACAAGGAAAAUACAGACCGCAAAAACUACGAGCCCCACGAAGAUCCAGGUGUGGUGAGUGUGACCAAGAUCUACAACUACUAUAAGAAGUUUAACUACAGUACAGUGGUGAUGGGCGCGUCGUUCAGGAACACAGGAGAAGUGAAGGCAUUGGCGGGCUGCGAUCUGCUCACCAUCUCACCCGGACUGCUGGGAGAGCUGAGUCAGGACCACAGUGCAGUGAAGUGCUCACUAACGCCACAUGGAGCAAAAGACUGUGACCUGCAGCAGAUGCAUCUGGAUGAAAAGAGCUUCCGCUGGCUGCACAAUGAAGACCGCAUGGCUGUGGAGAAACUGUCCGAUGGCAUCCGCAAGUUUGCUGCUGACUCCAUCAAACUCGAGAGCAUGAUCAAGGAAAGGAUGUUGAAUGUGAAGAAUGGCCAGUAAUGGAGAAGAGGGAAACCUUAGAGGACCAAUCCCAUCACUCCCACUCUCCACAUCAACUCUGAUCAGCUGACCAUCAGCAGUCAAAGCCGAACUUCUCUAGUCUUAAACAUUAAACAGAUACAGUGUGCUGUAUUUGUAAGCCAUUCCAAAUAAUGAGAAGGUUUUCUUUAAACUUUUUACACCUUUUAAUGCAGUGUUCGGAUGGAACCACAAGCCCAGACUAACUCAACACAGACCUGCAGAUUGUGUGAUUUUAGUUUUUUAGUUUUCUGUAGAACUAGUUUGCAACCCACUAGUGCUAUACUUUUCUGAUAAAUUCAUAUGUGGGUGUGUGCAUCAGUAUUCAGUUUUCUAACCUAGUCACCCUCACAAAUAAUGAAAACCUGUUGAUCUUGUUUCCAAUAAUUAAAAACCUUUUCCUCAGCUGAGUAUCAAUUC